CGGCUCUUUCGCGUUGCCCCGCCUCUUCCGGCUUGCGGUGGAACAUGGCGCAGGGACAACGCAAGUUUCAGGCGCAGAAACCUAAAAGCAAGGGGGCUGCUGCGGUGGAGCGGAGCCGCGGGCCUCGGAAAGGCGGUCGAGUCAUCGCUCCCAAGAAGGCGCGCGUUGUGCAGCAGCAAAAGUUGAAGAAGAGCCUGGAAGUGGGAAUCCGGAAGAAGAUCGAGCAUGAUGUGGUGAUGAAGGCCAGCUCCAGCCUGCCUAAGAAGCUUGCACUGCUGAAGGGAGCAUCAAAGAAGACUGGGGCCACCACCUCUGGCAAGGCAACAUCCUGAAGGCACUGGGACUUUGCAGGUGACCCCACAGGCUGGCUGGACUUGAGGGAAGAGGAUCCUGCUCCAGACCUGGUGGCACCUGGACCAGCAAUGCCCAAUGUGAUGCUAAGCCUCAGGCUAGCUCCCAAGUGUAAGCGUGGUCAGCUUCCUCUGCUGGGUGACAGGUUGUGAUAAACUUGGCUCUAUUGUCUCUCCAGCUGUUCAGUGGGGAGAGUAUUCAGGGACUCGGUGAGAAUAAUCUCUCCCCAGGUGCGGGGCCCCCACCCCAGUCAUCUAAUGUCAGCCGUCAUUGUCUAUACACGAAGAAGGGUCCUGUAUCUCCAGUGAGGCACCACCUCCUCCCAUCACACCAAUAAUCCAGAGCCACUUGUGGACGCACCAGUGUUACCCAAUAAAGCUGUGUCACAGAG